AUGCGCCGGUGGGCAUCCACCACGGUCACAGCACCCAACGCCGCUGCUGAGCCGAAUCUCGACUGGAACACCUUCUUCAAGUUGCGCAAGACAAGACGACGCUUUCAGCUUGUAUGCAGCCUCGGCACUAUGGCCAUAGGUGGAUCCAUGGCUGGUCUCAUUCUGGUCAAUAUGGACUUGGAGUACUUGGGCAAGAUCCCAUUAGACCCCUUUAUAACACUGGGUCUGAUGACGAUGAGCUGUGCUGCUCUUGGCUGGCUAGCCGGACCAAGUCUGGGUUCCGUUAUCUUCUAUUCUGUGCAGAAGGGCGUCAAGAAACCAAUGGCUGUCAAGGAGGCAGAGUUCUUCGCAAGGAUCAAGAAGAACCGAGUUGACCCGAGUGUCAGCUCAGUUGGCAAUCCUGUGCCGGAUUACUAUGGUGAGAAGAUAUCGAGUGUUUCUGGGUACAGGCAAUGGUUGAAGGAUCAGAGAGCAUUCCGGAAGAAGCGAACAAGCUUUCUGUAG